UCACAUUUGUAUUUAUUAAUUCAUCUUCUUAAAAUAAUAAUAAUAAAAACAAAAAAUUCUUGACCUCCUACCAAAAUGUAGUAUAUAGUCAAACCUCUGUUUAUCCCCGCCGGCCACGCACAGAUCCAAAGGCUAGAAACAUCCAAACCCAUCCCACUUCAAAUACCCGUUUCCUCCCACAACCUCUUUACCAAGAAAUAGUGAUCAUUUAUCACCAAGAUGGCGAGUAGCACAAGCACUGGUGCAGCAGCAGGAAAGAGUUCAUGGCCAGAGCUGGUGGGGACUAAAGGAGAGGAGGCAGUAGCCACUAUAAUGAAAGAAAAUCCAUCGCUCAAAGCCCACACAAUAAAUCAAGGGUCCUUCAUCACCAUGGAUCAUCGUCGCGACAGGGUUCGUGUCUGGAUUGAUGAGCAAGGUGUUGUCACUGCAGCGCCUAAGAUAGCGUAAUUAUACCUUCUUGGGGAUUAAUUAUAAUUUUAAAGAAAAAAAAUAACUUAAGGUUGUGCUUAUGUACAUAUUGUCCUAUGUAUUGCUGUUUAUAUAUUUCUGAAAUAACCUAAAAAUUAUUGUAUAUAUCAACAAUGCGAAAUUCUAUAGUGAGGGUGUCAUAUAUGGACCCUUCAUGUAGACCUUUAUAUUAGCCAUAAGAUCAUUUCAUUCAACUUAAGUGAAGUUACUAUUCAAAAAAUAAAAGAGGCUUUUUUUUUUUGGGUUAAAAAAAA